GAUGACUUAUGAAAACACUGCGAAUUUGACGAGCUAGAUGUCCAUGUCAAUAAAAUGGUAAGGUCCCGAAUAUCGUCCCAGCGACAUAUAUUUUUUCUUGUUACUACAAAACAAUCAUUUUUCGUAAAAUUGUGUGCGUCAUCUUUUUGUGCGCCAUUUGUUCUCAAUGCGUUAACCUCGAACCAUCAAGACACAGGCCAAGAGAAAAAGAAAAGAGGAGAUCAGAGAACAAUCUGCACGUAUUUAUUUAUUUUGACCGCUUCAGGCAUUUUUGGGAGAUAGGUUAAUUGCAUUCUUUAUUUUGUUACAUUAUAAUAUUUGUGAAUGAUAUAUAACAUACGUUUAUUUUUGGACCGGUUAUGUCGUCUUCUCUAGUUCAGUAUGUAGUGGUGCGUGGGGAUUUAAUAAAAGAAUUAAAGUGGCCUUUAGGGGCUGUGAUAGCCCAGGCAUGCCACGCUGUUACCGCAGUUGUCCACUUGUUCUACGAAGACGAAUGUACAAAACAAUAUUUAAGUGACGUUGAUAAUAUGCACAAAGUGGUACUCGAAGCCCCAGACGAGAAGAGUAUUGCGGAUUUAAAAGUCAAACUGGACGAAAAUCAUGUGAAGCAUAAAUUGUGGAUCGAGCAGCCUGAGGGUAUACCUACGUGCGUUGCCGUCAAACCUUAUCCGAAAGAUGAAGUUCAAAAGUAUUUCAAAAAGUUUAAACUAUUCAAAACAUAG